AUGGGUCGUGAACAGGACCUGAUCCUCGCCGUCAAGAACGGAGACGUGACUGGCGUGCAGAAGCUGGUGGCCAAGGUCAAGGCUGCAAAGACGAAGCUGCUCGGCUCCACGAAGAGGCUCAACGUCAACUACCAGGACGCGGACGGGUUCUCUGCUCUGCACCAUGCCGCCUUGGGGGGCAGCCUGGAGCUCAUUGCCCUGCUGCUGGAGGCGCAGGCCACCGUGGACAUCAAGGACAGCAACGGCAUGCGCCCGCUGCACUAUGCUGCCUGGCAGGGCCGGCUGGAGCCCGUGAGGCUGCUGCUGCGGGCCUCAGCGGCCGUCAACGCCGCGUCCCUGGACGGGCAGAUCCCGCUGCACCUGGCUGCCCAGUAUGGCCACUACGAGGUGUCAGAAAUGCUCCUCCAGCACCAGUCCAACCCGUGCCUAGUCAACAAGGCCAAGAAGACGCCCCUGGACCUGGCCUGCGAGUUCGGGCGGCUCAAGGUGGCCCAGCUGCUACUGAACAGCCACCUGUGUGUGGCCCUGCUGGAGGGCGAGGCCAAGGACCCGUGUGACCCCAACUACACCACGCCCUUGCACUUGGCUGCCAAGAACGGCCACAGAGAGGUCAUCAGGCAGCUGCUGAGGGCGGGGAUCGAGAUCAACCGCCAGACCAAGACGGGCACGGCGCUGCACGAGGCCGCGCUCUACGGCAAGACCGAGGUGGUGCGGCUGCUGCUGGAGGGCGGCGUGGACGUGAACAUUCGGAACACGUACAACCAGACGGCCCUGGACAUCGUGAAUCAGUUCACCACCUCCCAGGCCAGCCGGGAGAUCAAGCAGCUGCUGCGGGAGGCCUCGGGGAUCCUGAAGGUCCGAGCACUCAAGGACUUCUGGAACCUCCACGACCCCACGGCCCUCAACGUCCGGGCCGGGGACGUCAUCACGGUGCUUGAGCAGCAUCCUGACGGCCGCUGGAAGGGCCACAUCCACGAGAGCCAGCGGGGCACGGACCGCGUGGGCUACUUCCCCCCUGGCAUCGUCGAGGUGGUCAGCAAGCGGGUGGGCAUCCUCGCGCCCCGCCUCCCCUCUGCACCCACACCCCUGCGCCCGAACUUCUCUCGGACACCACAGCCCCCUGCCGACGACUCCCUGCACCCUCUCACCUAUGGCCAGCUCCCUCGGGUGGGCCUCAGCCCAGACAGCCCAGCAGGUGACAGGAAUAGUGUGGGCAGCGAGGGCAGUGUGGGCAGUAUCCGCAGUGCUGGCAGCGGGCAGAGUUCCGAGGGCACCAACGGCCACGGCCCUGGGCUCCUGAUCGAGAACGCCCAGCCGCUUCCCUCUGCCGGCGAGGACCCGGGGCUGCCAGGCCUGCACCCCCCGCCCCUGGCAGGCAGCCUGAGCCACCGCCCUCUGGCCAACUGCCACUCCGGGGAGCAGCUCUUCCCCCAAGACGUGCGGCCGGAGCAGCUGCUGGAGGGGAAGGACGCCCAGGCCAUUUAUAACUGGCUCCGUGAGUUCCAGCUGGAGGGCUACACCGCCCACUUCCUGCAGGCCGGCUACGACGUGCCCACCAUCAGCCGCAUGACGCCUGAGGACCUGACGGCCAUCGGGGUGACCAAGCCCGGGCACAGGAAGAAGAUUGCCUCGGAGAUCGCCCAGCUGAGCAUCACCGAGUGGCUGCCCAACUACAUCCCGGCGGACCUGCUGGAGUGGCUGUGCGCGCUGGGGCUGCCGCAGUACCACAAGAGGCUGCUGGGCAGCGGCUACGACUCCAUGGCGCUGGUGGCCGACCUCACCUGGGAGGAGCUGCAGGAGAUCGGCGUCAACAAGCUCGGUCACCAGAAGAAGCUCAUGCUGGGGGUGAAGCGUCUGGCCGAGCUGCGGCGGGGCCUGCCGCACGGGGAGGCCCCCGGCGAGGGCGGCUGCCGCCCGGCCAGGGGCCCGGAGCUGAUGGCCAUCGAGGGGCUGGAGAACGGGGACGCACCUGCCGCGGCCGGCCCCCGCCUCCUCACCUUCCAGGGCAGCGAGCUGAGCCCAGAGCUACAGGCAGCCAUGGUCGGGGGUGGCCCCGAGCCACUCCCCCUGCCCCCUCCCCGCUCCCCGAGCCAGGAGAGCAUUGGCGCUCGCUCACGAGGGUCUGGCCACUCACAGGAGCAGCCUGCCCCUCAGCCCAGUAGUGGGGACCCCGGCACCCCACAGGAAAGGAACCUUCCGGAGGGCACAGAGCGGCCCCCUAAGCUUUGUUCCCCGCUUCCUGGCCAAGGGCCUCCUGCUUAUGUUUUCAUGUACCCUCAGGGCUCACCCGCCAGCCCAGCCCCAGGGCCACCUCCAGGGGCGCCCCGAGCCUUCUCGUACUUGGCUGGCCCCCCUGCUGCUCCCCCAGACCCUCCCCGGCCCAAGCGUAGGUCCCACAGCCUGAGCCGCCCGGGCCCGGCCGAGGGGGAGGCCGAGGGGGAGGCCGAAGGGCCGGUGGGCAGUGCCUUGGGCAGUUACGCCACCCUCACCCGGCGGCCAGGACGCAGUGCCCUGGCCCGGACCAGCCCCAGCCAGACCCCAGCCCGGGGGGCUCCCCGCAGCCAGUCCUUCGCCCUCCGGGCCCGCCGCAAAGGGCCCCCGCCCCCGCCUCCGAAGCGCCUCAGCUCCGUCUCCGGCCCCACCCCGGAGCCCCCUCCACCGGAUGGAAGCCUGGGGCCCAAAGAGGGGCCCCCUGGGCCCCGAAGGCGAACACUGAGCGAACCGACUGGCCCGUCAGAGCCCCCGGGCCCGCCUGCCCCAGCGGGCCCCGCCUCAGACACGGAGGAAGAGGAGGACCCGGGGCCCGAGGGGACACCCCCGUCCCGGGGCAGCUCGGGGGAGGGGCUCCCGUUCGCCGAGGAGGGCAACCUGACUAUCAAACAGCGGCCCAAGCCGGCCGGCCCCCCGUCCCGAGAGACGCCCGUGCCCACCGGCCUCGACUUCAACCUCACAGAGUCAGACACUGUUAAGCGGAGGCCCAAAUGCCGGGAGAGGGAGCCGCUGCAGACGGCGCUUCUGGCCUUCGGAGUGGCCACCGCCACGCCCAGCCCCUCCGUCCCCUCCAUCCCCCUGCCCUCCCAGCCCCCCAGCGAGUCCCCUGUGGCUCCUCCCAGCCCUCCUCAGCCGGACCCUAGCAGCCUUCCCACUCCAGGAGCUCCAGCCCCUCGUCCUCCCAGCCCUCCCACCCAGCUCGCAAAGCCCCCCUGCCCCGGGCCAGCUCCGGAGAGCUCGGCAGCCCAUCGGCAGCGUGGGGAGCCAGAGCCCCCCGCUCCGCCCGCUGCCCUCAUCAAGGUGCCCGGAGCAGGAACAGCUCCCAAGCCUGUGUCCGUGGCCUGCACCCAGCUGGCGUUUUCUGGCCCUAAGCUGGCUCCUCGGCUCGGCCCACGCCCUGUGCCGCCGCCCCGUCCCGAGAGCACGGCGGCCGUGGGCUCCGGCCAGGCCCAGCAGAGGCUGGAGCGGACCAGCUCGUCCCUGGCAGCCGCACUGCAGGCCGCGGAGAAGAGCAUCGGUGCUGAGGAGCGAGAGGGCCCCCCCAGCACCUCCACCAAGCACAUCCUGGAUGACAUCAGCACCAUGUUUGACGCUCUGGCUGACCAGCUGGAUGCCAUGCUGGACUGA